ACUAACAGCUACAACGUAACUACGCUGUACCUGGUUUCUGGCUACGGGGGUAGUGCUAGUCAAUCUGAGCUCGGAGCUGCCAUGGCCAGAGCCAUAUCUGGAGGAUGAUGCGGUGGUGCAGACGCGACUAUCAUGCGUAUGACCCGAUCAAGGGCGUAUGACCCGAUCAAGGCAAAAAGACGAAAAUCGUCCAUGGAUGUUGGGGGACAUCCUUCCAUCCAAGAUCCCAAUAGACAGGAAUUGAUUGAUUGCUUUGUUUGGGACAUACCGAAGCAAGAAGGGAAUGACGUUGCUAUGUCCUGGAACUGGGGAAUUUGGAGGUUGGGACGAUAAAAUAUUCGGUUCCAUCGCCCUCGAUCGAAGCCUUCUUUCGUUGCUCUUCUAUUUUCUUUAUUUUUCUUAUUUUUCUCCCUAUUCUAUCAAGAAACAACUAAACCGAAAGACAAAACGUCACCCGAAUCGUAGCUCUCUCCGCUGCCGGGGAUCACUGCGGAGAAGACCCCGGACCGGUGAGGAAAGACAAGAUAAUAAUAAUAAGAAGAAGAAGAAGAAAAAAAGGCUCGGGGGAUGCCGAGGGAGCACGGACAACCCGGGGCCGAGGGAUGCCGUUUGUUGCCUUGAUCCACAUGGGAAGUUACUCUCCCCGAUUCGUCGUUUCAUCUCUUGCCAGGGCAGGGGUCCGAGGGUCCAGCACGUUGACUGCCCUAGGCAUCUCUGAUCAGCAGAGUGUGUCGUGUGGUUGUGUGGGAUUUCCCAAGUGACAGGACGAACGAACGAUGGGCUGGCGCCCAACCCCCAUGUCGAGGAACGAGCGGAAACGCUGCGCCG